CCGUCGCUUGACUUCUGAGGGGGAGACAGCACUGCCAGCCUGUCGAGCAGUGAGAGCAGUAGACACACUGAAGGAAGGAGAGUGAGUUAGAGUACAGACCACACACAGAUUUAAAGACAGACCUUCCAGUCAACUGACGUCCUUAAGAUCUCACAACAUGGCUGCUCCAGCACAGAUCUCUCAGGAUGAACUGCAGGAACUAAAAGAAGCCUUUGAUACAAUUGAUCUCGACUCUAAUGGCCACAUUAGCACAGACGAACUCAAUGAGCUGUUCAAAGCUGCCAACCUGUCAUUGCCAGGAUAUAAAGUCAGAGAGAUUAUCCAGAAUCUCAUGAAAGCAGGAGACCUACAUGAUGGCAAAGUCACCUUUGAUGAGUUUGUCAAUGUUGUCCAUGGACUAAAGAGCACAGAAGUGGCUAAGACCUUCAAGAAAGCAAUCAACAAGAAGGAGGGUAUCUAUGCUGUAGCAGGAAGGUCCGAGCAGUCAGGCACCCAGCACUCCUACUCAGAGGAGGAGAAGGUGGCCUUUGUGAACUGGGUGAACAAGGCCUUGGAGAAAGAUCCCGACUGCCAGCAUGUCCUCCCCAUGGACCCCACCACCGAUGACCUGUUCACCGCAGUCGGAGAUGGGAUCGUUCUAUGUAAGAUGAUCAACCAGUCUGUGCCUGACACCAUCGAUGAGAGAACCAUCAACAAGAAGAAGCUCACACCGUUUACCAUCCAGGAGAACCUGAACCUGGCUUUGAACUCCGCGUCAGCCAUCGGCUGCCAUGUGGUGAACAUCGGAGCUGAGGACCUGAAGGAAGGCCGGCAACAUCUUGUCCUGGGCCUGCUUUGGCAGGUCAUCAAGAUUGGCUUGUUCGCUGACAUUGAGAUCAGCAGAAACGAGGCUCUGAUAGCCCUGCUGAGGGAUGGUGAGAGCCUGGAGGACCUGAUGAAGCUGUCCCCGGAGGAGCUGCUGCUGCGCUGGGCCAACUACCAGCUGGAGGAGGCCGGCUGCCCUAAGAUCAACAACUUCAGCUCCGACAUCAAGGAUUCCAAGGCUUACUACAACAUCCUGAACCAAGUAGCCCCCAAGGGAGAUGAAGAGGGAAUCCCUCCUAUUGCCAUCGACAUGUCAGGGAUAAGGGAGAAAGAGGACAUUAAGAGAGCAGAGUGCAUGCUGGAGCAGGCUGACCGUCUUGGCUGUCGGCAGUUCGUCACAGCAACUGACGUGAUCCGUGGCAACCCCAAGCUAAACUUGGCAUUCAUUGCCAACCUGUUCAACAAGUACCCUGCCCUGAAGAAGCCAGAAAACCAGGAUAUUGACUGGAGCUCUAUUGAGGGUGAGACAAGGGAGGAGAGAACAUUCAGGAACUGGAUGAAUUCCCUGGGGGUCAACCCUCGCGUCAAUCACCUCUACGCGGACCUAGAUGAUGCUCUGGUCAUCUUCCAGCUCUAUGAGAAGAUUAAGGUGCCAGUGGAUUGGGACAGAGUAAACAAACCACCAUACUCCAAACUGGGCAGCAACAUGAAGAAGCUGGAGAACUGCAACUAUGCAGUGGAGCUGGGGAAGAAGGAGGCCAAGUUCUCCCUGGUGGGCAUUGCUGGACAAGACCUGAAUGAGGGAAAUCGAAAACUCACACAGGCCCUGUUGUGGCAGCUGAUGAGGAGGUACACCCUGAACAUUCUAGAGGAGCUUGGUGAUGGGCAGAAGGUGAAUGACGACACCAUCGUCAUCUGGGUCAACGAAAAACUCACAGAGGCUAGCAAAGCCACCAUCUCUGGAUUCAAGGAUGGGUCCAUUGCCACCAGUAUGCCUGUCCUGGACCUGAUUGAUGCCAUUCAGCCAGGCUCCAUUCGCUAUGACCUAAUCAAGGUGGAGGACCUGACUGAAGAGGAGAAGCUCAAUAACGCCAAGUAUGCCAUCUCCAUGGCCAGGAAGAUUGGAGCCCGGGUGUAUGCCCUGCCUGAAGACUUGGUUGAGGUGAAACCUAAGAUGGUGAUGACCGUGUUCGCCUGCCUCAUGGCCCGGGGCAUGAAAAGGGUGUAGUAGGGGUCACAUGUCCACAGACAAAUCUCCUGAAGAUGUACUCAGAAUCAGGGAAAACAGGCUACUAGCUUACUAGUUGCAGACUAUUUCAAUAAUGACACAUAUAAAUAUGCAUAGCUGUCAAGGACUCAAAACGGCGUGUUAAUACAGUAAAGAGCAGAUAAAAAAAGUAUACUGUUAUUUUGAUCAUAUACCACAAAUAUUCAGAAACUGAAAGUACAGCAUCUAAGCGUAUUUUCAUAUAUAAACCUGAAAAUUGACCUAUAUGGUGAAAAUAAAAAAGUAUUUGUACUCACACUGCCCUGGCCUUUAAAUGAGCACUCACCUCUUUUGCCAGUUUACAGAAACUAUUUUGUGGUGUAAGUCCUUUCAGUGCUCACAUCUCAUCUUUACAACAUUAUUUCCCAAAACACAUUCAAUGCACUACUGACUGUGCAAAACCUGAUAUUUUGGCAUCGAGGGAGAUGAUAGAUUUUAUGGCAAUAGUUCUAAUUAAACGGUAACAUUUACACUGUCAAGUUUUGGAAGCAGGUUGAAGAGCUGAAAAACUGCAGAUGGAAUUCUAUAACUGCAAAUUGUAUAACCAAUGUAGGCUACUCCUCUUAAAACUAGCAUUGAUUUUGUAGUCUGUUAUCACAUUGUUUAAAACCCACAACAGAAUAAACAGUAAGCCCUACCAUUUUAUGUUGCAAACCUCUACACAUUUUAGAAUUUCUGUACAUCCUUGACAAUUAAUUUCUUAAAUCAGCACACACUGUCUUAAUGAGACAACAAUGUGAGGGGUUAUGUGACUGGAAAUGUUACAGUAAGAUAAAGCAUGGUACCAGAAUAAUUGCAAAGAAACCUGAAGAGCUUUGUGUUCACAGUACAAAAGAGAACUAAAACAGAAUUCAAGUGAAGCAAACACAGACCACCACUCAAGAUAGACUGUUUGGUUAUAUUUUAAGGGACUUAAGCAAUUCUUUGCAUUAUGUUUUACAAAGAAAUGUCUUGACUUGAUGUUAUUGAUUGUGGUUUUCAUUGCAAAAUCAACACAAUUUUGCAUUCAUACUAACAUUAUAAAAGAAAGGAAACUGAAUAUUUUGUAUUAAAAUAACAAAA